ACUCUCUCUCUCUCUGGCUCUGUCUCUGUCUCUGUCUCUGUCUCUCUCUCUCUCUCUCUCUCUCUCUCAUCGAAGCCUAUGAAAGCUUCGGUGCGGAAAAUUUCACACGACAGACUGUGUCCGUAAGUGUUCUUUGAGCAAUCACGGACCGAGCAAUUCGAAGAUGUUGGAAGAUCAGGUGGCGUUUCUGUUGCAGAGUUACCUCGGGAACUAUGUCAGAGGUCUCAAUAAAGAAGCUCUCAAGAUCAGCGUCUGGAAAGGUGAUGUUGAGCUAACAAAUAUGCAACUGAAGCCAGAAGCAUUGAAUGCAUUAAAUUUGCCCAUUAAGGUUAAGGCAGGAUUUCUUGGAUCAGUUAAGUUGAAGGUUCCAUGGAGUAGGCUUGGCCAAGAUCCAGUUUUAGUGCAUCUGGACCGCAUAUUUUUACUGGCAGAACCUGCAACUCAAGUUGAAGGAUGCAGUGAAGAUGCUGUUCAAGAAGUAAAGAAAAGCAGAAUACAGGAGAUGGAAAUGAAGCUCCUGGAGAGUAGAAAAAUAUUGAAGUCUGAGAUGAACAAAUCAUGGCUGGGGUCGUUGAUCGACACAAUAAUUGGUAAUUUGAGGCUUUCAAUUUCAAAUAUUCACGUCCGGUAUGAAGAUACUGAGAGCAAUCCUGGCCACCCAUUUGCAGCUGGUGUGACCUUGGAGAAACUGUCAGCUGUGACAGUUGAUGAUAAUGGGAAAGAGACGUUUCUUACUGGGGGUGCACUAGAGUGUAUUCAGAAGUCUCUGGAACUUGAACAACUAGCUGUUUAUUUGGAUUCUGAUAUUUGUCCAUGGCAUGUUGAUAAGCCGUGGGAGGAUUUGAUACCUGUAGAAUGGUGUCAGGUUUUCAAAUAUGGCACAAAGGAUGGCAAACUUGCUGAUAGUCUUAUUGGAAGGCAUAGUUACAUUCUGCAACCAGUUACUGGUAGUGCAAAGUAUUUCAAGCUUCGACUUAAUGAAUCUGCUAACAGUGGUCAACCACGACAAAAAGCAGCUGUAAACUUGGAUGAUGUUACACUUUGCUUAUCAAAGAAUGGUUACAAGGAUUUAUUAAAAUUGGCUGACAACUUUGCUGCCUUUAAUCAACGGUUAAAAUAUGCUCAUUUCCGCCCUCGUGUCUCUGUGAAAUCUGAUCCAAGAUCUUGGUGGAAGUAUGCCUACAAAGCUGUUUUAGACCAGAUGAAGAAGGCUAGUGGGAAAUUGUCAUGGGAGCAUGUCCUGAGGUAUGCAAGGUUGCGCAAGAGAUAUAUAUCUUUAUAUGCUACCCUGCUGAAAUCCGACCCCAGUCAUGCAGUGGUUGAGAAUAAUGAAGAAAUUGAGGAACUGGAUCGUGAACUGGACAUUGAACUCAUACUUCAGUGGAGGAUGCUGGCGCACAAGUUUGUAGAGCAUUCAAUGGAAUCAGAUGUCUCUUUAAGAAGACAGAAACCCAAGAAGUCAUGGUGGUCAUUUGGAUGGAGUAGUCAAUUAGAUAAGGAUGAAAGUGUGCCAGGGGCUUUAAGUGAGGAAGAUAUGGAACAGCUGAAUAAAAUUAUUGGAUACAAAGAAGAUGAUGAUGGACAACUUCUGACAACCCAGGACAAAGGGGAUGUGCUUCAUACUUUACUGGAGGUUCACAUGAGACACAAUGCUUCAAAGCUCAUUGAUGACCAAGAGCUUCUGGCUGAAUUAUCUUGUAACAAUCUGGAUUGCCUUAUAAAGCUUUAUCCGGAGGCCAAAGUUUUUGACAUGAAAUUGGGAUCAUAUCAAUUGUCAGCAACAGAUGGUCUACUUGCCAAGAGUGCAACUGCCUAUGAUUCAUUAGUUGGUGUUUUUUGCUAUAAGCCUUUCGAUGCUAAGUUGGACUGGAGUAUGGUUGCCAAAGCUUCUCCCUGUUAUGUGACUUAUUUGAAGGAUUCUUUUGACCGGAUCAUCAAUUUUUUUGAAAGCAAUGCUGCCAUUAGUCAGACAAUAGCAGUGGAGACUGCUGCUGCAGUACAGAUGACAAUUGAUGGAGUUAAGCGUACUGCACAACAGCAAGUGAACAGAGCAUUGAAGGAUCGAACCAGGUUCUUCUUGGACUUGGAUAUAGCAGCUCCUAAGAUAACUAUUCCUGCUGACUUCCGUCCAGACAACAUCCAUUCGACUAAACUUUUGCUAGACUUGGGAAACUUAAUCAUUCGUAGUCAGGAUGACAGUGAAAGGGGUUUGCCUGAUGAGAUGAAUCUGUAUUUGCAAUUUGAUCUAAUUUUGAGUGAUGUAUCUGCUUUUUUGGUGGAUGGUGACUACAGUUGGUGGCAAAUCUCUCAGAAGUUUUCUGGGGAUUCUGCUCAGUUAAAUGUUGUUAGUUUCUUGCCUGUUCUUGAUAAAUGUGGUGUAGUCCUAAAGCUUCAACAGAUUUGGUCAGAAGACCCCUCCUAUCCUUCAACAAGACUUGCUGUGCACCUUCCAUCACUAGGAUUUCAUUUCUCUCCUGCUCGCUAUCAUCGAUUGAUGGAGAUUGCAAAGAUCUUUCAGCAGGAUGAUAAUGAGAAUGCAGAUACUGUUCGCCCUUGGGAUCAAGCUGAUUUUGAAGGAUGGUUGUAUCUUCUUAGUUGGAAGGGUAUGGGAAAUAGGGAAGCUGUAUGGCAGCAUAGAUACUUAUGCCUAGUUGGGCCUUUCCUUUAUGUACUAGAGAGUCCCAGCUCUAAAUCUUACAAGCAAUAUCUCAGCCUCCGAGGAAAACAGCUAUAUCAGAUUCCUGCUGAAAUUUUUGGCAAUGUAGGCUAUGUAUUAGCCGUGUCGGAUCCCUCACGAUCCAACAAUAAGGUCAUGGAAGAUGUAAAUUCCCUGAUAUUGCGAUGUGCUUCUGAUGAUUCAAGGAGAACUUGGCAGAACCGCCUGCAGGGGGCAAUUUACCGUGCAUCACUUCUUGUGCAGGCUUCUGCUCCUAUCAGCGGUCUAUCUGAGACAUCAUCUGAUGCUGAAGAUACUGAGAGAGAGCUUAUUGAAAACCAUGGUGUAAUAGAUAUGUCAAACAUGGAAAAACUUUUUGUAACUGGAGUUCUGGAUGGAUUAAAUAUAUGCUUCUACUACAGUCGUUGGCAUGAUCAAAGUUUUAUGAAGGUACUUUUAGCUAAGGAGAACCGUUUAUUUGAAUUCCGAGCCAUAGGUGGUCAGGUUGAGCUUUCAAUAAGAGCGAAUGACAUGUUUAUUGGUACAGUCCUGAAAUCUCUAGAGAUAGAAGAUUUAGUUAGCUGCAAGGGAAUGCCUCAAGCUUGUUAUUUGGCGAGAUCAUUCAUCAGGAGUGUAAAUGCACCUCCUGGAUUCGAUGACGCUGAAAACCAGAGGCAUGACAACAUUGACAUAAACCAAUCUGAAGGAGAUGAUAAGUUUUAUGAGGCAUCAGAUAACCUCAAUGAUUCUGUUGAUAGCCCAACAGGAAGCAUACCUCGGUACCUAGGUUCCCAAAGUUCUGUUCCAUCAGAAAAUUCACUUUUUAAGACACCCACUUUUGCUCGUGUUGCUGGCCUACUACCUAAUGAUUCUAUGCAAAUUAGGAGCGAUGGCAUGGAUCCAACAGAAACACUGGAUAGUUUUGUGAAAGCUCAAAUAGUAAUUUAUGACCAGAACUCUCUUCUGUAUCGUAAUAUUGAUAAAUGGGUGACGGUCACCCUUGCUACCUUGUCAUUUUUUUGUCGUAGGCCAACUAUACUAGCCAUAAUGGAAUUUGUAAAUGCAAUUAACAUUCAAGAUGAGAAGUGUGAAUCUUUCAGUGACAGCUCUUCUCCAGCCAUUGUGCAACAUGAUGUCUCAAGGGAUGAUGAUGAUCACCAAUCUACUGCAGUUGAGGAACCCAUUGUUAAAGGUUUGCUGGGAAAAGGAAAAUCCCGGAUCAUCUUCUACUUGACACUGAACAUGGCUCAAGCUCAGAUUUUACUGAUGAACGAAAAUGGAAGCAAGUUGGCUACUCUGUUGCAAGAUAAUUUUCUUACGGAUAUCAAGGUAUUUCCGUCUUCCUUUAGUAUAAAGGCAUCCCUUGGAAAUCUGAGGAUAAGCGAUGACAGUCUCCAUGAUGGCCAUAUAUAUUUCUGGGUUUGUGACAUGAGAAAUCCUGGUGGUAAUUCAUUUGUGGAGCUGGUCUUCAGUUCAUUUAAUACUGAUGAAGAAGAUUAUGAAGGUUAUGAUUAUAGCCUUGUUGGGCAGCUUUCUGAAGUACGCAUUGUAUAUCUGAAUCGCUUUAUCCAGGAGGUUGUGAGUUACUUCAUGGGUCUCAUUCCUAACAAUUCAAAGGAUAUUGUGAAGAUAAAAGAUCAAGCAACAAACUCAGAGAAAUGGGUCACAGCAAGUGAAAUUGAAGGAUCACCUGCUGUGAAGUUGAAUGUUUCUCUCAGAAAGCCUAUAAUUUUAAUGCCUCAGAGGACAGAUAGUCUUGAUUAUCUGAAGUUGGACGUUGUCCAUAUAACUGUUCAGAACACCUUUCAGUGGUUUUCUGGUGGCAAACAUGAAAUGAGUGCCAUACAUGUGGAAGUACUAACAGUUAUGGUGGAAGACAUCAACUUGAAUGUUGGUAUGGGAACAGAAGUAGGUGAAAGUAUAAUUCAAGAUGUGAAGGGGAUUUCUAUUGUUGUCCAGAGGCCUCUUCGAGACCUGUUGCAUCAAUUACCAAGUAUAGAAAUUGCUAUUAAGGUAGAAAAACUCAAGGCGGCUCUCUCUAACACCGAGUACCAGAUAAUUACAGAAUGUGCACUGUCAAACAUCUCAGAGACUCCGCAUACCAUACCUGAACUGAAUUAUGAUUCUGGGAUGUCUUCUUAUGAUACGCGGGACUCUCUUCUUCCUAAUGAUUCAGGUGCUGUUGAUUCUGAAGCCCAAGAUAUGACAACCUGGAUUGCUCUGAAAGUUUCUGUUGACAUUAGUCUGGUUGAGUUGUGCCUGCUCUAUGGUGUAGCAAGAGAUGCUUCUUUGGCCACUGUUCAGGUUAGUGGUGCUUGGCUGCUCUACAAGUCUAACACUGUUGGUGAAGGCUUUCUAUCAGCAUCACUUAAAGAUUUUAAUGUGAUUGAUGACCGUGAGGGGGCUGAAGAAGCACUUAGGCUGGCAGUUGGAAAGCCUGAGAGUUUUGAACAUGGUCCUUCACUGUCUAUGAUUGAUGAUGAGGACUGUCACAUGGCCGAAACAGAUGUUCUGGAUAGCAUUGAUGCAAAACCAGUUCCUACAAUGCUUAUCCUUGAUGCCAAAUUUGGCCAAUACUCAACAUAUGUAUUUUUGUGCGCGCAAAGGCCACAAUUGCUUGUUGCACUUGAUUUUCUGCUAGCUGUUGUUGAAUUUUUUGUUCCAACAAUCCAUCGUAUGCUGUCGAAUGAAGAAGAUGGAAACUCUUCCCUUAUAGUUGAUGCAAUCAUCCUAGAUCAGCCAAUUCAUAAUCAACCCACUUCUGAAUUUUCACUCUCCCCUCAGAGACCUUUGGUUGUUGAUGAUGAUCAAUUUGACCAUUUUAUUUAUGAUGGAAGAGGUGGAACUCUGUAUUUACAUGACAGAUGGGGGACAAAUAUAUCUUCUCCUAGUACUGAUGCAAUAAUUUAUGUUGGAAAUGGAAAAAGAUUGCAAUUUAAAAAUGUCACUAUCAAGAAUGGGCAGUAUUUGGAUUCCUGUAUUUUACUGGGGACCAACAGUAGUUACUCUGCUUCAGAGAAUGAUCAAGUCUAUUUUGAGGGAGAUGAUGAAGUUCAUCAACUGAAUAAUUCAGGGCAAAAUGUUGAUGGUAUGGUAUCUCAAAAUACUCCAGCUGGGAGAUCCACAGAGUUCAUCAUAGAGAUACAGGCUAUUGGUCCAGAGCUUACCUUCUAUAACACAUCAAAAGAUGUUCAAGAAUCACUAAUCCUCUCUAACAAACUUCUACAUGCACAAUUGGAUGCAUUUUGUAGGCUUGUUCUGAAGGGCGACACAAUGGAAAUGAAUGCAAAUGCCCUUGGGUUAACAAUGGAGAGCAAUGGCAUCAGAAUUUUGGAGCCCUUUGAUACCUUCAUGAAGUUUUCUAGUGCUUCUGGAAAGAUAAAUGUCCAUUUUUCUGUCUCAGAUAUUUUUAUGAAUUUUUCUUUUAGCAUCUUGAGACUAUUUUUAGCUGUGGAAGAGGAUAUUUUGGCAUUUUUGAGGACGACAUCAAAGAAAAUGACAGUGGUGUGCUCUGAGUUUGACAAAGUUGGAACAAUUGAAAAUCCAUACAGUGGCCACGUAUAUGCAUUUUGGAGACCUCAUGCACCACCUGGUUUUGCGGUGCUUGGCGAUUAUUUGACUCCUCUUGACAAGCCACCAACCAAGGGAGUUCUUGCCAUGAAUACCAGUCUUGCAAGAGUCAAGAGACCAGUAUCUUUCAAGUUAAUUUGGCCUCCCAUUGCUAAUGUUGAUGUCUCUGAAUUUCAAGGUCUGCCCAAUAGUAGCAUCUGUUCCAUUUGGUUCCCAGAAGCACCCAAAGGUUAUAUUGCAUUGGGUUGUGUAGUUUCUACUGGAAGAACGCAGCCUCCAUUAUCUUCUGCAUUUUGCAUCUUGGCGUCUUUAGUUUCUCCAUGUGAUUUGCAGGAUUGUAUUACUAUCAGCUCCAGCAUCGCCCGUUCAUCAGUUUUGGCAUUCUGGCGUGUGGAUAAUUCUUUUGGAACGUUCUUGCCAGCGGAUCCCUCAAAUCUGAGCUUGAUUGGUAGAGCUUAUGAAUUGCAUCACAUAUUUUUUCGGUUUCCACAAGUAUCUUCAAAUCCAUCAAAGAGUUCAGAAUCCAAAGCAUUCUCUUCUGGUCAUGCUCAAGCCCUUCAGUCAGAAAGACCAUCAGCUGUAAACUCUGAAUGGCGUUUCGAAGCUGUCGCUAGUUUCCAAUUGAUAUGGUGGAAUCAAGGUUUAAAUUCAAGAAAGAAAUUAUCAAUAUGGCGCCCUAUAGUCCCCCAUGGAAUGGUAUAUUUUGGAGAUAUUGCUGUACAAGGGUAUGAGCCUCCGAACUCUUGCAUUGUUCUCCAUGAUUCUGGAGGUGAUGAACUUUUCAGGCAUCCUAUAGAUUUUCAUCCUGUUGGACAGAUAAAGAAGCAGAGGCAUAUGGAAAGCAUUUCUUUUUGGCUGCCCCAAGCUCCACCAGGCUUUGUUUCUUUAGGUUGCAUUGCAUGUAAGGUCACACCAAAACAAUCUGAUUUCAGCUCAUUGAGAUGCUUGCGCAUCAAUAUGGUCACGGGGGAUCAUUUUUUGGAGGAGAGUGUAUGGGAUACAUCUGAUGUCAAGUUUGUAAAAGAACCAUUUAGUAUAUGGACUGUUGGUAAUGAAUUGGGAACCUUUGUUGUCCGUAGUGGUUUCAGGAAGCCUCCUAGAAGAUUUGCUCUAAAGCCUGCAGAUCCACACUUACCGAGUGGUUCAGAUGACACAGUCAUUGAUGCAGAAAUUGGAACAUUUUCUGCAGCCCUUUUUGAUGACUUUGGUGGCUUGAUGGUCCCAUUGUUCAACAUUUCCUUAAGUGGGAUUGGAUUUAGCUUACAUGGAAGACCCGACAACCUGAAUUCCACAAUCAGCUUCUCGUUGGCAGCCAGAUCAUAUAAUGACAAAUAUGAAACCUGGGAGCCAGUUGUUGAGCCAGUUGAUGGAUUCUUAAGGUACCAGUAUGAUCACAAUGCUCCAGGCUCUGCUUCUCAAUUACGUCUUACAUGUACAAGAGAUCUGAACUUGAAUGUUUCUGUGUCUAAUGCUAAUAUGAUUUUUCAAGCUUAUGCAAGUUGGAACAAUCUUAGUCAUGUCCAUGGGUCCUAUAGGGAAAAGGAAGCAGUUUCACCAGCUUAUGAUGGAAGGCCAUUCAUUGGCAUCCAUCACAAGAGAAAUUAUCAUAUAAUUCCACAGAACAAACUUGGUCAAGAAAUUUUUAUUAGAGCUACUGAAAUCAGGGGACUUCCUAAUGUAAUAAAGAUGCCUUCUGGAGAUAUGAAGCCUCUAAAAGUUCGAGUAUGGAGUAAUAUGUUGGACUCACACUUGAAAGGAGUCCUUUGCAAGAAAGUUAGAACAAUGGUUACAAUCAUUAUAGCAGAAGCUGAGUUGCAAAGAGUUGAAGGAUUGUCAUCUCAUCAAUAUACUGUAGCAGUUCGUCUCAGUCUGGAUCCCAGUGUUUCUGGAGGAUCACCCCUGACCCAACAAAGUGCACGAACAUGCGGCACCAGCUCGAGGCCUACUCUAUCUUCUGAGUUUGAGUUGGUGAAUUGGAACGAAACAUUUUUCUUCAAAGUUGAUUCACCGGAGCACCACAUGGUGGAAUUUGUAGUUACUGACCUGGGAAAAGGUGAAGUGGUUGGGUACUUUUCAGCUUCUUUGAAGCAGAUAUCAGGAACUUGUAAUCAUCUCGAUAGAUUUACUUGGAUAUAUUUGUCUCCAGCAGAAUCCACAAAGAUGACUCACAGUGACAAAUCUCAGAAGUCAUCUGGAAGAAUAAGAUGUGCUGUACUCUUACCAUCAAAAACUGAAGUUGAAGAAAGUGAUCUUUCCAUCACUGGAGGCAGAAAAUCUGGGUUUAUUCAGAUCAGUCCUACCAGGGAAGGACCAUGGACUACUGUGAGGCUAAACUAUGCUGCACCAGCUGCUUGUUGGCGGUUAGGAAAUGAUGUUGUUGCAAGUGAAGUAAGCGUAAAAGAUGGCAACCGAUAUGUGAAUAUUAGGUCUUUGGUGUCAGUUCAUAACUCCACAGAUUUGACACUAGAUAUAUGCCUUAAACUUAGAGCCUCUGAUGAAAAUAAGAGGCCUUUAGAUGAUGCAGUCAAUGAGGUGGAGAUAGAGAUCAAUGGUAAUAGAUUUGAGACAGAUGAGUUCUUUGAAACUGAGAAGUAUAACCCAACAACUGGUUGGGUUGGUUACAAACCUAACCUAGAUCACUCAGAAAGUGCAGGGUCUCUUCAGAAAACUUUUGGAGUGGAUAUGCCACCAGGAUGGCAAUUGAUUGACGAUUGGCAUAUAGACAAUGUUUCUGUUAGUACUAUUGAUGGGUGGAUUUAUGCUCCAAAUCUUGAAAGUUUAAAAUGGCCCGAAUCAUAUGAUCCUAUACAAUUUGUGAACUAUGCAAGGCAAAGGAGAUGGAUCAGGAACAGAAAGCAGAUAUCUGGCGAUGUGGCACAGCAAAUAUCCAUUGGGCAACUGAAACCUGGUGAAACUGUCCCCCUUCCUUUACCAGCCUUAACCCACCUAGGAUUGUAUAUUCUUCAGUUAAGACCUUUGGAUCUCAAUUUCACUAAUGAAUAUUCUUGGAGCUCUGUGGUGGAUUGUCCUGGUCAAUCAGGAGACUCUGAUAAACCUGAACAAAACUCUGAAAUAUGUGUCUCAACUCUCACCAAGUCUGAAGAACUACUGUAUUGCUCUGAGAUCACUGGAACUUCAUCAGAUAUCCCUCAUGGAAUGUGGUUUUGUCUAAGCAUACAGGCAACAGAGAUUGCAAAGGACAUUCAUUCUGAUCCAAUUCAAGAUUGGAGCCUUGUCGUCAAAUCCCCUCUCUCCAUAACCAAUUAUCUUCCACUGACAGCUGAAUUUUCUGUUAUGGAGAUGCAAGCCAGUGGUCAUUUUCUUGUCUGCUCAAGAGGAAUUUUUUGCCCAGGGAAAACUGUAAAGAUUUAUACUGUUGACAUUAGAAAACCUUUAUACUUCUCACUGCUUCCACAAAGAGGAUGGUUGCCAAUACAUGAAGCUGUUCUUAUAUCCCAUCCGAGCAGAGUUCCAUCAAAAAUGAUAAGUUUAAGAAGUUCAGUUACUGGAAGGGUUGUUCAAAUCAUUCUUGAAGAAAACCAAAGCAAGGAUAACCCACUUUUGGCAAAGAUCAUUAGAGUCUAUUCUCCUUACUGGUUUGUGAUUGCAAGGUGCCCACCACUUACAUUUAGGCUUUUAGAUGUGACAGGGAGAAAACAUACAAAGAAGAUCAAUUUCCCUUUUCCAUUGGGGAAAAAAAAUGAAGUAAUCCUUGAGGAAAUUACUGAAGAAGAAAUAUAUGAAGGUCAUACUAUUGCAUCUGCUUUGAAUUUUAAAUCAAUGGGCCUCUCUGUGUCUGUCACUCAAUCUGGAAAGGAGCUAUUUGGACCUGUUAAAGAUCUUUCUCCCCUAGGUGACAUGGAUGGGUCUUUGGAUAUUUGCGCCUACAAUGCUGAUGGAGAUUGCUUGCGACUUUUUAUUUCUUCGAAACCAUGCCAAUAUCAGUCUGUCCCAACAAAGGUGAUUUCUGUCCAACCAUACAUGACUUUUACAAACAGAAUUGGUCAAAAUAUGUAUGUGAAGUUAAGUCAUGGAGAUGAACCGAAGGUUCUGCAUGCAUCUGAUUCUCGAGUCUCCUUCGUUUAUCGUGAAGUGGAUGGUCCUAUGAAACUCCAGGUCCGGUUAGAAAAUUCAGAAUGGUCGUUUCCAGUUAAAAUCACAAAAGAGGACACCAUUCCUCUAGCUUUGAGGAAACGUGACGGUGCCUGUAGCAUUUUGAGGAUGGAAAUCCGGGGCUAUGAAGAAGGAUCUCGCUUUAUUGUUAUAUUCCGCCUUGGAUCUACAAAUGGUCCAAUCAGGCUUGAGAAUAGAACAAUCAGCAAGACAAUAAGCGUUCGCCAGUCUGGAUCUGAUGAUGAUUCUUGGACUAAUUUAGAACCUCUUUCAACCACCAAUUUUUGCUUGGAGGAUCCUUAUGGCCAAAGGGUCCUUGAUGCUAGAAUCCAUAGUGGCAGUAGUACUGCAUUCUGUAACCUUGAUUUGGAUAAGGAAGGAUUAUGUUCUGUAAAUGAUGGAGAUAUAGGAUUGUUAUUUCAUCUUGCUGAAGUUGGUGAUAUCAAGGUUGCUAGGUUCAUGGACGACAGAGCGUCAGGAUCUCAAUCAAAUGUAGGUACCUUAAUGACACCUGUUGGCAAUUGGGGGAGUUCUCAGAUGCAGAGCAAGACACAGGAUAAUACAUCUCCUCUUGAGCUUAUAGUUGAAUUGGGAGCUGUUGGGGUUUCUGUUAUAGACCAUAGACCAAAGGAGCUCUUGUACUUGUACCUUGAGCGAGUCUUCAUAUCAUAUUCAACCGGCUAUGAUAAUGGAACUACAAGCAGGUUCAAGCUCAUAUUGGGCCAAGUGCAGCUUGACAAUCAACUCCCUUUAACACUGAUGCCUGUGCUGUUGGCACCUGAGCAGACCAUUGAUAUGCUUCAUCCAGUUUUUAAGAUGACUAUAACACUGCGGAAUGAGAACCCUAAUGGUAUCCAGGUCUACCCAUAUGUUUAUAUACGGGUCACAGAAAGGUGUUGGAGGCUUAACAUUCAUGAGCCAAUUAUCUGGGCUUUUGUGGAUUUUUACAGUAAUCUUCAUUUAGAUCGUGUUCCCCAAAGUUCCAGUGUCAAACAAGUUGAUCCAGAGAUACGCAUAAACCUAAUAGAUGUUUCUGAAGUGAGGCUAAAGGUGUCUUUGGAGACUGCACCAGCUCAAAGACCGCACAGGAUUCUAGGGGUAUGGAGCCCUGUAUUGUCAGCUGUUGGAAAUGCAUUCAAAAUUCAGGUGCAUUUAAGGAGCGUGAUGCACAGAGAUAGAUUCAUGCGGAAAAGCUCAGUCAUUCCAGCCAUUGGAAACAGUAUAUGGAGAGAUUUAAUCCAUAAUCCUUUGCAUUUAAUUUUUUCAGUAGAUGUACUUGGUAUGGCAAGCUCUACAUUAGCUUCUCUUGGUAAAGGAUUUGCUGAACUCUCAACAGAUGGCCAGUUUCUACAGCUACGUUCAAAGCAGGUAUGGUCAAGAAGAAUAACAGGUGUAGGUGAUGGAAUCAUACAAGGAACAGAAGCUCUUGCGCAAGGUGUUGCUUUUGGGGUGUCUGGAGUUGUGACAAAACCCGUGGAGAGUGCCAGGCAAAAUGGGCUUCUUGGGUUUGCUCAUGGACUGGGACGAGCUUUCCUUGGAAUCAUUGUACAACCAGUGAGUGGAGCAUUAGACUUCUUCUCAUUGACUGUUGAUGGCAUAGGGGCAAGUUGUACCAGGUGCUUAGAGGUUUUGAAUAACAAAAUCACGUUCCAGAGGAUUAGAAAUCCCCGGGCUAUCCGUGCUGAUAAUAUACUUAGAGAGUAUUGCGAAAGAGAAGCUGUUGGCCAGAUGAUACUUUACCUUGCUGAAGCAAGUCGGCAUUUUGGAUGCACUGACAUAUUCAAAGAGCCUUCAAAAUUUGCUUGGACUGAUUAUUAUGAAGACCAUUUUAUCGUGCCCUAUCAAAGGAUUGUUCUAGUCACUAAUAAACGAGUCAUGCUGCUUCAGUCCCUGUCCCUUGACAAGUUGGAUAAAAAACCUUGUAAAAUCAUGUGGGAUGUGCCCUGGGAAGAGCUUAUGGCAGUUGAGUUGGCAAAGGCAGGAUCUGCUGUGCCUUCUCACGUACUUCUCCAUCUCAAAAGUUUUAGGAGAUCGGACGUCUUUGUCAGAAUCAUAAAGUGCAGUGUGGAAGAUGAAACACAGGGAAGAGAAAUACAGGCAGUCAGGAUGUGUUCAGUUGUGCGUAAGAUGUGGAAAGCACACCAAUCUCGUGUGAAAAGUUUGAGAUUGAAGGUUCCUUCAAGCCAGAGACACGUAUCCUUUGCUUGGAGUGAAGCUGAUAAGAGGGACCCACAAAGCCGGAGCAAAGCCGUGGUCAAGUCAAGAAAGCUCUUAUUAUCCAGCUCCUUAUCUGAUGAAAGGAGAUUUGUUAAACAUAGUAUAAAUUUUGUAAAGAUCUGGAGCAGUGAACAAGAAUUGAAAGGUCGAUGCAUUUUGUGCAAAAAACAGGUUUUGGAAGAUGCUCAGAUCUGUAGCAUUUGGAGACCAGUCUGUCCUGACGGGUAUGUCUCAGUUGGAGAUAUAGCUCAUAUUGGAAGCCAUCCUCCAAAUGUUGCUUCUGUGUAUCGUAACAGUGACAAACUAUUUGCACUUCCAGUGGGUUAUGACCUGGUUUGGAGGAAUUGCCCAGAUGACUACGUAACUCCAGUAUCAAUGUGGCACCCACGCGCCCCAGAGGGUUUUGUUUCUCCUGGAUGUGUUGCUGUAUCCAGUUUUACAGAGCCAGAACUGGAUUGCGUGUACUGCAUGGCAGUAUCACUUGCCGAGGAGACCGUAUUUGAACAACAAAAGAUUUGGUCAGCGCCCGAUUCAUAUCCCUGGGCAUGUCACGUUUAUCAGGUGAAAAGUGACGCUCUUCAUUUUGUUGCCUUAAGACAGCCUAGAGAAGAAUCUGAUUGGAAACCAAUGAGGGUUCUUGACGAUGCUCGGCCAGUACUGCUACCAUCAGAGGCUCCGUAGUCGUCAUGUGGGAGCUCUUAAUUUCGUUGAAGAUUUAACGAGAUUGCAGAAUGCUGCCUUCAACUCUGUUAUUGUCGGCAUAUUUGGAAAUUGCUUUUUGUUUUCAUUGGGACCGACUCGGGUUAGUCUCGCUGUUGUAAGAGUAAAGAGUUCCGUUUUCAGUACAGUAAAGGGGGAAGACUUCUUGUUUAGAAAAAACUAAGCAGCAGCAAGAGUUUGGGUUUGUUAAUUGUUGUGCUGUUGUGUGAUUUCAGCUGUAACAAUUCUUUCGGUGGUGGUGGUUAAAUAAAUUUCCUUUUCUUAUUUAGUUUUGAGCCGGAAGAAGUUGUAAUGCUCACGUUAAAAUGGUUGUUGAAUGGUCAAAUGUGGUCUCUGUAAAUCUAAGACUUUUGGUUGCGCAAGGUGUUCUGCAUUUUGUAAAUUUGCUCAUUUUGAGUUAAACAAGUCUCUUCAGGGGUACGAGGAGAAUCGUUUUUUACUCUUAACAGAAUAUUAGUUGUUGUAUUA